ACUUUCUAUGCAGCCGGUGUUGAGCCGGGCUGAGGUUUCAUUGGGCUCAGUCCGGCCUGAGGUCGCUUUUCUUGGCCCCCCAGGCUGUGAUGUAAAGCAGCUUUGCGCAAUGCUGCCGGUGGGGAAAGGGCAGCAUUCCGCCCGCAGUCCCACCGCCCCGGGGCGGGGAGAGGUGUCCUGAGGAGCUCGCCGGAGGGACAGUAACGUCGGAGGGCUCGGGGAGCGGGGACACCCCCAGGACAGAGCAGACACCGUGGAGGCAAUUUUCCAACAUGACUCUGGUAGCAGAUAUUCUCUGUUUGUUGGCUUGCCUUAUUGUGGUGACUUGUGACCGGGUCUAUGUCCACCCUUUCAACUUGUUUUCUUUCAAGAAGAGUGACUGUGACAGGCUUGAAAAAUUGGUUCAGGAGGGAAAGACUAUUGUCCCUGUCUCCACUGAGUUCCAAAGCAUACCUGAAUAUGAAGGUGACAUGACCGACAGCAAGUUGGAAGUUCCAAGCAUCAAUGCCUGGGGGAAGGAGGAACGGGGCUACCUGAGGGACCUGGUGUAUGUCCUGGGUAUGCGGUUUUACAGCGCGCUGCAGAAAGCAGAGAGGGACCAAAAUGUUCUCCUGUCUCCAACCAGCCUCUACAGCUCCUUGGUGUCCUUCUACUUGGGCGCCUCAAACCAGACAGCACUUGAUCUGCAGGGUUUGCUGGGGUUUGUUCCCCCCUCUGGAAACCCUGACUGCACUUCCACGGCAAUCGGAAAGAUUUUCCUUUCCAACCUGAGGACGAUUGAAAGGCUUGUGAACACUGAGCAUGAAGAUCUGCUCUUUUCCAAGACACUGAGCCUGUUCUCUGCCCCUGGCAUACCACUGUUCCAGCUGUUCGUGGAGAACUUGCUCCCCAACGUCGAUGCCUUCUACGCCCGAGCUGUUGACUUUACAAAUCCAGGCGAGGCAGCAAAACAAAUAAAUGCCUUUGUGGAGGCCAAGAGCAAGGGUCAAAGCAAGGGCUUACUGGCAGACAUCGACCCAUCUGCCGAGUUGCUGUUUGCAAUGGACGCCCGCUUGGCAGUGAAUGUUACGCAAGCCUUCCAGCUUAAAGAGCCUCAGGAAUUCUGGGUGGAUUCAAACACAAAGGUCUCGGUCCCUAUGCUGUCAAUCACGGGGACAUUCAAGUACAAAACUGAUGCCAAUGGGACCUUUUCUGUGGUGGAAGUCCCUAUCAGCAACACAGUGCUGCUGGUACUGCUGCAGCCCAUCAAUGGCAGCGACCUGGAGCACAUGGAGCCCGAGCUGACAUGGCAGUCCUCAGCCUGGUUCCAGCAGCUGUCCUCAAGAGAAAUUAAAUUAACACUGCCAGCAUUAAUAAUAGAAGACAGCUCUGAUCUACAGGAGCUUCUUGCAGAUAUGGAACUGCCUGCACUGCUGGGGAAGGGGGCAGAUUUCAGUAAGAUAAGCAACGCCAGUCUAACAGUUGGAAAGGUAAUAAAUAAAGCCUUUUUCAAACUGGCCAGCAAUGGAACAGAUCAGUCAGAAGACCCCGCAGCACAGAAGGAUGAUGGGGCAUAUCUGGAUGUAAUCCUGAACAAGCCAUUCCUUUUUGCUGUUUUUGAAAAACAGUCAAGGGCAAUGCUUUUUCUUGGCAGAGUAAUAAACCCUCUGCACGAGGAGUAAAUGCUAACACAGAGGAUAAGAAAUAAGGGGAACAAUGCACAUUUCCCAUCACUUUUUUUCUUAUUCAUCAGAUAUUUCUGUGAUUUGUUGAGUGCUCCACUUAGCUUUGAGAUGAAGUAGUUAGUGUUUGAAAUACAGCUUUUUGAAAGUUAACACCUUGCAACAUUUCAUCCUUGUUCAUCUAUUUCACGAGGUGACUCACACUCUUCCUCCAGCUUCCAUUUUAUUCUUUAUCUCCCUUAUGCUCCUAGUUCCCUUUGUGGAUGGAGUAAGGCAGGGCAGCAUUUCAAUGCAAGGCAUCAACUUAAAAAAAUUGUUACAUAAGCAACAUUUACUAUAGAAAGCCAUAGAAAGGACCUCUCCAUUCUCUAAAAAAGCUUUUUUAAUUGUAUAGUCAGUUUUGCAAGAGAGACSUGCUUUUUUGCAUUAGAGAGGAGAUUUUACCAUUAUCCACAGAGAUUUCUAGCAUCAUCAGCAACAUUUUCCUUUAAAGCACUGCCAACAUCACAGACAGGCUUCGCUUGUCCCACUGGGACAUGAUUUUUUUCCCUUGGAAGCUGUUUAGGAACAUGCUUAGAGGAAGUUUCUUCUUGCUGCAGCCUAGGUGGAUAUGUUCACCUCUUAGUUCUAUGGAAAUGCUAAAAAUAAGGUUCGGUAGUAUUAAUGAACUGUGAUGGAUGAAUUCUCAGGUUCUGACAGAAUUAUCUCUAAUUUUUUUUUUUUUUAUUUUUUU